AUGACACUUCCAGCUGCCCCCUUCCACAUGAUCAACGCCUUCGGGCCGUCGCCGUACGCCGGUAACCAGGCGAGUGUCGUUCUGUUCCCCAAGGGCGACCCGCGCACCAAGGACGACAACUACAUGCAAACUGUCGCGCGCGACUUCAACCUCUCUGAAACUGCGUUUCUACACCCUCUCGACGACGUCGAGGUCCCCACCUAUAGCCUUCGGUGGUUCACGCCCGCUGAUGAAGUGCCGCUGUGCGGACACGCGACUCUCGCAUCGGCAGUUACACUCUUCAACUAUGUGCACCCUCAGGCUACGGAGCUGCAUUUCCAGACGCGCUGGCGUGGUGAACUCGUCGCAUACCGUGAGAGUCCAGUUGGACAGGGCCUUCGUGUCGGCCUCUCCCUCCCCAUUUCUGAGAUCACUGAGGAGAAGAGGCCCGAGGUGAUCAGCGCAGUCCUCGCCGCGGCGGAACUCACUGAAUCUGACCUUGUCCGCGUCGCGUCAUUCGACUUUGGCGGUCCCAGCCCCGUCGUGCAGUUACGCGACGACAUCGACCUCGCCAACUUGAAGGUGGACGAGUCCAAGCUGCUGCCAUCAGUUUCGGCAACGUGCGUGUAUACUCAAGUUGUGCCCGACAAUGCGCAGAAGCAUGGGAGCGUCAAGGCGACGUCGCGCGUGUUCGCACCUGGUCUCGGUGUUCCCGAGGACCCAGUGACUGGCUCGGCGUGGGCUAUCCUCACGGGCUUCUAUCUCAGCAGUUUCGGUCGUGACUCUGUCGCAGCACUCCUCCCUCCAGGUACCGAUGUGGCCAAGGCGACGAUCGAUGCGCACCAGCUGAGCGCCCGCGGCGGCGCCCUUACAUGCACUCUCCGCGACGGACGCGCUUACAUCACAGGACGAGGGUGGCGCACGGCUCACGGAACUCUUGAGAAUCCCUUGGAGUAG